AUGUGAAGGUUCAUUUAGUUUUGUAUCUAAAUCAAAGACGGUUCCGGUCUCCAUCUGGCUUAUCAUUUUGUUUUUCUCUGUGCUUUGUAGGGCAUACUGUUUUUCCAACACAGGGACGCAUAUGGCCUCAAUUCUGGCACUAACUCUAUAUUUCCAUUGUAGUGUUUCGUCUAUAAAAUACACACUUAUAACUUCCUUUGAAUCACAACUCUCAAGUAUUGUAAUAACUUUCCUUUUUUCUCUCUCUCUCUCGCUCUUAAGCAAUCCAAAUCUCCAAGUUCCUGUUCCUGACUCUUUUCUAAGAAGACUAUGGCUAUUCGUUUUCUAGGUAAUCUUGCUAAGCAAAUUCUUUCCCUGUCUGUGUUCCCCCUAAAUAAAGCAGCUGCAGGAUGUUUAAAUGUACCAAAAGGCUUCUUAGCAGUAUACAUUGGAGAGACUGAGAAGAAGAGAUUUUUAGUUCCAGUUUCCUAUCUGAAUGAGCCCUCCUUUCAAGAUUUGUUAACAAAAGCUGAAGAAGAGUUUGGCUUUGAUCAUCCCAUGGGUGGAUUAACAAUUCCUUGCGGAGAAGAUGCGUUCCUUCACGUCACUUCCAGCUUGAGUAGAGCUUAAGGCUAGGGCAAAAUGAACUUCACCAGUCACAGAAAAACAAUUUCUCAAGUAGGAAUUGACUGUUACUGUACAUAUAUAUUCUU